CCCGACCUCGUGCAGCGGGAGAGGAGACCGAUUAACCGGCGGCCGGUCCUGCAAACCGACCCCUCCCCAUCGAUGGCGCACAUCACCAUCAACCAGUAUUUGCAGCAGGUGUUCGAAGCGAUCGAAUCGAGAGAUGGAUUGUCCUGCGCGGAACUGGUGUCUUUCAAACAUCCUCACGUUGCCAACCCCAGGCUUCAGCUUCCGUCACCAGAAGAUAAGUGUCAACAGGUUCUAGAGCCUCCUUACGAUGAAAUGUUUGCAGCUCAUUUAAGGUGCACGUAUGCAGUGGGAAACCACGAUUUCAUCGAAGCUUACAAAUGUCAAACUGUGAUUGUUCAAUCUUUCCUACGAGCAUUUCAGGCUCACAAGGAAGAAAAUUGGGCUUUGCCGAUUAUGUAUGCGGUAGCACUUGACCUUCGAAUUUUCGCCAACAACGCCGACCAGCAGUUGGUGAAGAAAGGGAAAAGCAAAGUUGGCGACAUGUUGGAAAAAGCCGCGGAAUUAUUGAUGAGUUGUUUUCGAGUCUGUGCCAGUGACACCCGCGCCGGGAUCGACGACUCCAAGAAGUGGGGGAUGUUGUUCCUGGUGAAUCAGCUCUUCAAAAUUUAUUUUAAGAUCAACAAGCUCCAUCUCUGUAAGCCUUUGAUUAGAGCCAUCGACAGCUCGAAUCUGAAAGACGAUUACAGCAGGGCCCAGAGAGUUACUUACAGAUACUACGUGGGACGCAAGGCCAUGUUUGACAGCGAUUUUAAGCAAGCUGAAGAAUAUCUGUCAUUUGCCUUUGAGCACUGUCACCGCUCAAGUCAGAAAAACAAAAGAAUGAUUUUGAUCUACCUGCUGCCAGUGAAGAUGUUGUUGGGUCACAUGCCAACAGUGGAACUUUUGAGAAAGUAUCACCUCAUGCAGUUUGCUGAAGUAACAAAAGCUGUGAGUGAGGGAAAUCUCCUGCUCCUGAAUGAAGCUCUGACGAAACACGAGACCUUCUUCAUCCGCUGUGGCAUUUUCCUUAUUCUUGAGAAACUCAAGAUCAUCACCUACAGGAAUCUCUUUAAGAAAGUAUACCUGUUACUCAGAACCCAUCAGCUCUCUCUUGACGCCUUCCUCGUGGCCUUAAAAUUCAUGCAGUUGGAGGAUGUUGAUAUCGAUGAAGUCCAGUGCAUUUUAGCCAAUCUGAUAUACAUGGGUCACAUUAAAGGAUACAUCUCUCAUCAGCAUCAGAAGCUCGUAGUUAGUAAGCAAAACCCAUUUCCUCCACUCUCUACAGUUUGUUGAUUCUGCAGGAGGAAGAAUAUGCGGAAAAGACUCGAGUCGUGGGUAAAGCUAUUCGACUUCUUUUUGGAACUAGUCGUAGUUCUGUUCCACUCUGAACUGGAAUCCUGAAAACUCCUUCGUGACUAUUGGCCCAGGGACCAAAAGGCUAUGAACUUGGCCCGGUGCUUGAAAGGUAUGAAAUAUUUCCUUUAAUAAUUAGAGCUUCUUUUAGCUUCAGCAAGAUGUAAAGUUUCUCAACCGGAGAAAAGGCAACAUUCCCACUCAGCUAAAACUGGCGAAGAGGUUUUCUGUAAGAGAAUUCCCUUGAAAAUAUGAAGCCCUCUGUACUUUUCUUCUACUGCUUCGAUAAAAAAAACUUGUGCAAAAA